CUCUGCUGCUGCAGAGCUUUCUCCCACGAUCUCUGCCUCCUCUCUCUUUCUCUCUCUUGCUCUCAGAUUUGACGGUGAUAGGGAAGGCAGUGUGGUCUCUAUCGCUUUCACACGCACACACGUGCAAGCAGUGUAGGGAAGGCAGUGUGGUCUCUAUCGCUUUCACACGCACACACGCAGUGUGUCGGAGAAGGGAUGGGGUAGUUGUUUGUCAGUCUGCAGUCCUGGUUGUGUGCUGCGAAACCCACAUUGCUCACAGUGGAGUGUUUCUCCCAGUCUGUAGCUAACAACAACAGCAGCCACAUCAGUUUUUCAGAGCAGCACUCCCUCCUCCCUUCUUCCUCCUCUUCCUCUCUCUUGCUCUUUCUCUCCCUCCCUUUCUGUCGCUCGCAUUCCUGCUCUCAACACCGCCGCCAGUGUAGCGUUCUGAGGUAGCAAGCAAGUAGCCAAGGCUUUAAUUUUUCUACCACUAUGACAAGCGGUGGACAGACAGCUGGAGAAAGACGGACAGUCCGGGAGAUCUGAGGGGAAAGUCAUUUGAUGGACAUCAGUUGGAUUUAACCCCCCCCCUUUCAUCCCCCUGCCAGCCUCAUCUCUACAAAUCCUCUCCCUCACUCUCGCUCUCUAUCCAGUUCCACUGGCUCUCUUCAUGUAAGAUUACCAUCGGCUACUAGCAUUAAAGCACCGGGCUGUCUGGGAGUGAGGGGAAGCUGAGGCUGACCCAAAACAGGGAAAAAGACUGCAGAGGAAGCCCCUGGACUGAAGCAUAAAAAACACGGUAAAAAAAAAGCUGUAGAGGAGGGUUGCUGCCCUGCCUGGCCUGUUUCUCAUUGACAGACACACACAGGAUGUACAGCUCUGAUCUGAAGCUUGCCACACCGUGGAUCAAAACCCUCCUGCCUGCCUUUUUCUUAUGCAUUUUUUCUCAAGGGAGAGUGAAGCAUCUUGGGAUUUACUGUCAUUUCAUUUCCACCUAACUACAGCGAGGCUUGCCCCGCCGGACAGCACUUUCACCUGACCGUGUCCAACCUGUGUGCGUAUGAGUGUGUCUUUGUUUGUUUGUGUGUGUAAUUAGUUAGCUUGGCGCCAGAGGGAGUGUAUAUUUGCUUACAUGUGCAUCCGUGUGAGCUGCUUGGCUUGUAAUUACUUGUAUGUGUCUGUGGGUGCCGUCUUGUGUCCAUGUGUGUGUGGGUAUAAAUGUAGGAAUUUUGUGUGGAUGAAUUGGUAUGAUGCCCAGUUCCUUGCCCCAUCCCCUCCCUCCUUCCUGCCCUUUUGUCAUUGGGUCCCCGGUUUGACCCUUGACCUUUGACGGCAUCAGCAGGAUGAGUGAGCACUCGGGAGCGAGCACUCUGGGGGCCAUGACCCUGGAGGAGCCUGGGGGCGAACCGGCCUCCCCUCAGGCUCCGGGGCCUCUCCGCUGUGGGCCCUGUUCGGUGUGGCACCGGCAGCAGACCUGGAUGUGCGCAGUGCCCUUAGUGAUGGGCUUCGUGGGCCUGGGCCUCAGUCUCAUGCUGCUCAAAUGGAUUGUAGUGGGUUCCGUUCAAGACUAUGUGCCCACGGACCUAGUGGAUGCCAAGGGCAUAGGGCAGGACCCCAUCUUUCUCUCUGAACCCAGCGCUCCACCCAAGCGACCAGACACUAUGACCACGACUACGAAGAACACCGCUACCGCGUUUGUCUCCACCACCUCUCUAGCAGCCGACGGCACGGUCCCAGCCCCGAGAACUCAAUUUGGGUUGCCCUCCAACCACUCGGCCCCGCACCUCCACAACUGGGUUGGCAGUGGCACCCGCGUGACUGGCGCCACCACCCGCAUCACACGACUGCCCCCGCCUGGGGGUAAAGAAGUGACCCCACACAGCACCACGGUACUUCGGGUCGGCGGCACAGCCAAUGGUCGUAAGGAUAAGGACCCCCCAAACUCGCGAUCCGAUCCAACCUCCAAAGCUACUAGCACAACUUCGACUGCCAACAUCACAACCAAGGCACUAUCACCAACUUUUCCACCAUCUCCCCCAGCCAAGCCCACCGGGCACUGGAAACCUGGACGCUCUGCGAAAGGGCCCGCCACACGCCCUCACCACCGAUACAGAACACUGGCUCCCACAUCCCCUAGUCUGCGUUCAGAUGUCUUCAAGUCAUGCAUCGACGACAAGGACCUGGCCUUCUGCCUCAAUGAGGGCGAGUGCUCCAUCAUUGAGACAGUAGCAGGAGUACACAGGCACUGCAGGUGUAAAGAGGGUUACCACGGACUGCGCUGUGACCAGUUUGUACCCAAGACGGACUCCAUCUUAUCUGACCCAACUGAUGAACUGGGCAUCAAGUUCAUGGAAAGCCGUGAGACUUACCAGAGAAAGGUGCUGUCCAUCUUCAGCAUUGCCUCAGGGAUCUGUUUUCUCGGAGUGGCAUGCAUGGCUCUCUAUCGCAGCAACAAGAGACACAAGGAAAAGCUCCGGGCACACUUCUUGGAGAGCCGGAAUCUGAGGGUGUGCAGUAUCAAUGCCUCUGGGUUCAUGUCUAAAUCCAGCCCAAGGCCUCAGUGUGGCUGGCAGCUUCAAAAGUGCUACAAAUCUCAUGGGUUCUCCCCUCCUCAAGGGUGCAGCAGUCUGUCAGCUGGCGCACCAACAGCAGCUCCACCGACUCUCAACAGAGCACUCCCCAAAGGGAAAAGCUUCAGGAGUAGCUCCCUGUCCCUCAGUCCAGCCCAAAGACACCAGGACACUCAUCACUUCAGGACCCUGCCAAUCUCUCGAGGACCAAGGGUUGCUGGCCCCGCCUAUAAGCACCUGCAAGAGGUAGAGUCUACCGAGAUGGAGGCGGAGUCUUUAAGAGGGUUUGACACUGGGAGGGAUGGUGGUGACGACCGCCAGCGGAGCGGGUUCCAGAAUAUGCAAACCCUAUCUCGUUCAGCGUGGAAGAAAGAUUGGAGGGAGGUGCCCUACACCCGUCUGGACAGAGGACUAAAACCUGCUCCUCCCUCUCUCCGCACACGAUCGGUCCCCAUCAUCCCCUCUCUCCAGGGACACGGCCGUGAGGGGGGUCACAUGGAUGAGACCAGGCAGGGGGUCUCGCAGGGAGGGGGUCUCGCUGGGCCAGGUCACAAGGCCCAAGGACCUGCCAGUGGCAGCAGCCACACACCCCGUCACUCAACCACCUCUUCCUCUGAGACUGUACUAGAAUCUGAGGCCAGAUCCAGUCAUGUGCGUCCCUGCGGCGUUAAGACUGUACUGAGGUUAGGGACAAGCCCUAGCCACAUGCACCAUGGCUCCUCUGAAACUCCAGUAGGGCCAGGGGGCUCGUUCCAACACUCUGGGACAGCAGCAUCCAGAUCAGGUGUUCCCAGGAUGAACAGCACAAACACUAUUAUUGCUGUGACCGUGCUGGAGUCCGAGGGAAAGAACAUGCGGUAUACACCCAGAUUGCUAUACAGCUGUCCCGGGAGCAGGGGUCCUCAGGCAGGAGGCCAAAGGGAGGCCCAGGGGCUCGGGGAACAAUACGCCCUCCCAUCCCUGAUGGAUGGAGGGGCAAACUGCCUCCUGACAGCAGUGGUGAGCAGAGGUGCUGGAAUUGAUUAUGCCAAAACGUCUGCCAGCUGAGUGGACUAGAUCUUGCCGACAGGUGUGGUGAUAUUGAUGAUUUGUCGCCACAGAUGGUUUGUUUACAUAGCAGGUUAGGAUAAUUAAUGUUGGGGCAGGGAUGUGCAAUGAUGACAAAAUACAAUUUCAAAAUACCAUAAAGAACAACGUAUGAAAAUAAACUACAAAAUUUAAAAUAUUUAAUUAAAAUAAAUGUAUUUUGGAUUUUAAAAUACAGAAAUACAUUUGCAAGUUGCCGGACCGAACAGCAACAACAUUCUCAGUAACGGUUACAGAAACAUUUGACUUGCUAUGACUGUGAUACGCUGUUGUUUAUCAACAUGAGUUAAAUGCACUGACUGUAAGUCACUCAGGAUAAAAGUGUCUGCUAAAUGACCAAAAUAUAAAUGUAUAUGUGAAAAUAAACAUACCAAAGCACACUAGGUAUUACUAUUGGCCUUGUUUCUGGGCGAAGCUCAUUAGAGGAAUACUCAGCAUGCUUUUCAAUUGUUCAUUUGUACAUAUACAAUUAUAUUUUGUUAAUUUAUCAGAUGCUCUUAACACACCAUAUUGCCAUCAGAAUGUUGAUACCAACACAGGGUGAAAGGGGGCCACACAAUUGUGAACCGCUAUAAAAAUAAUUGUAUAGAAAAAAGUAUUUUGUCAUUUGAAAAUACAAAUUAUAGCUCUCAACAGUAUCUUGUUAAAACAUACAUUGGAGUGCAGUUCAGCCCAGUGUUAUACAAAUUACACAAAAUACUCAGAAGUAAUACACAUUUCAAAUACAUGUAACAGAAAUACUGCCCAUCUCUGGUUGCAGGUGAAUGAACGUGGUAUGUUAGAAUUAACACAGCAGGUUUGGUGAAUUAAUGUAGCAUGUUAGGAGAAUGGGGUUAAGGUUAGGAAAAAGUAUUAUGCAUAGCUACAAUGCUACAGUUGUCAACAACUGUAGUCCCUGACGUGCCAACUAGUUUGCGCUCUAGUCCUCCAUCUGGCCACAAUGGUAAAAACAUAAACAAUAUCUGGUGACAAAUCAUCAGUAACAUGACACCUGCAGGGAAAGAUUCCGCCCACCUGCAUCGACAACACGAGGGGAGUGGGACCACCUGCCUAAAAAAUUGGACCAAUCACAGAUGGCCCCCGGUUUCUGUAAAAGAGCCACAGCAGCGUGGACUGCAGAGAGGAAUUUAUUGAUACAUUUAAGACCUUGAAUUAUUAAGAAUACACACACAGUCUAUGUGAAUAAUGUGAAACAAUGCAGACGGACAUAAAAACUGGAGUGGGAGCUUGAUUUAAAAGUGUAUAAAAUAAUAUAUACAUUAUCUAUAUGGCACUAUCUAAACAACGCUUCUACUUAGAAAUCAAAAUAGUGUGUCAUCGCUAUGUUGUUUCUCUAUUGUAAAGAAAUCGAAUUGUAUAUGUCAUAUACAGUGCCUUGCGAAAGUAUUCGGCCCCCUUGAACUUUGCGACCUUUUGCCACAUUUCAGGCUUCAAACAU